GGCGCGCAAGGGUUGAGGUUAUCCAAAUGAAAAGGAAUAAAUUGAUUGUACCAUUUUACAAAAAAAACCUUUGGAUCCUGGAUUUGCAUUUAGAUUUGCAUUCGCGACCGUAUUCAGCCUUCCCCUCCUUCUAUUUUCUAUUUGGCAAAAAUUCAUACAAUUCUCCUUCCUCCUUCCUCCUUCCUCCUUCCUCCAGCAUAUUCACUUGAUAUUCGAAGUCAUUAGGGUCUCUUUCAGCCUUUGCACUUUACAAGCAACGACUGGUUAGCUUUUUUCCUACCUACCUGCCUUGCCUUGUCUUUCCGCCUUCAUCGUUACAUUGGCAAAUAGUAACCAGCAACAACAACAACUCUGUUUAUUCCGACCUUACGAUCGUAUUCACGAAAGUUCCUAUCUGCUUCUUUGCCACCUACCCUUUCAACAACAAUACAAUGAGAUAAUUUUAAUGUCAUCAACCCUAAGAUAGCUUUCGUGGAGCUACAAAAAGUUUACAUUCUCAAAUCAAGCAAAUAACGCAACGCGCGUGAGCUAUCUAUUUUCCUCUUUUGUUCAAACCCAAGGCGAUCAACAAAGGGAACCUCUUCGACGACCGAUUUUGCAACAGUUGAAGGACUACUCGAAGCUCUGUUUUCUUCAUGGAGAGAAUAUCAUAAUAACAAAUACACAAUCUGCGACUUCGAUCUACUUCCUCUCUUUCACGACCCUGCACAAUGCCUCCCUCAAGGAAGGAAACAAUCAAUCCUUGUAUCACGACCCAACUUUGUCAACUCAUUUACUACCACCUUGACAAUAACCUGCUUAAUAAUGCCUUGUUCUUCGCAGAGCGAUUGCAUGCUUAUACCCCUAAAGGCCCUGAAUCAUCCUACCUCCUCUCAUUAUGCCAUUUACGCCUUGGCGAUUAUGCUUCCGCCUUCGAGGUGGUAAAGAGCCCAGGGAAUAAGAUGGGAAAUCUUGGCUGUGCAUACAUCUAUGCACAAGCAUGCCUUGCACUGGGAAAACUGAAAGAAGGCAUUGUGGCGUUGGAAAAGAAUAGAGGCUGUUGGGGGGCACAAAACUCAUUCGGCAAACAUACAGAAUACUCGCGACAUCCAUAUCCUGACGCAUCUGCCGUCUGUUGUUUACUGGCGAAGCUAUACCGUGCCUUCGAUGACAAAAAGCAGGCGAUCAGCUAUUUCGAAGAUGCGCUGAAAAUGAAUCCAUUCAUGUGGGAUGCUUUUACUAAUCUUUGCGAUAUGGGCACCAGUGUUAGAGCUUCGAGUACUUUUAGGAUGAGUGUAGAGAUGGAGGCAAUACUGAAAACGAAUGCACAAGAACGAGAGGCGCCAGUGGAACCCAUGUUUGUGGAGGAACCCAAACUGAUCCGACCCAGCGUGCGAACUUACCAGAGUGAACCCGUGGAUCCUUUCAAUAAUAAUCCCACGUCUCGAUCAUUCACCGGUGGCCUUUUUGGAUCACUUACUACCUCUGCAUCCUCGAAGCUCGCUGAGAGCAAUCCCAGUCUUACAAAUCUUCCCGCGACUGGAAAUGGCAGCAUCAGCUCUGACACAAUGGAAACGCCUACUGGUCCUAGUGUCCCUCCCGAUUAUUCUAUUGCGCCUAGUCGAAAAGAACCUGGUGUGAUAUCAGCAUUUCCUAUUAACAUGGAACCUCCACAAGCCCCAGCUCGCAGGAACCGAACACUACAGGGGCUUGGCAUGGACUUUAGCAUGGACGUUCCGAAGAUGGGUCGAUCCAUGGCCUCGAAACGACUUCAAAAGGCGGCAGCUGAAAUUUCGGAAGACAGUAGCGCAGGACACAAUUCUCGCCACAACUCUGUUACGGCACCAGGUGGGGAAAGGAAGCGAACCAUAUCGGGACAGGCAGUACCUCGACAGCCCUCAGAAGACCCUGGAGCACCCCAGAGAAGGAGUGUCAGAUUGAUCAACCAGUUCCGCCCCACAAGCAACAAACCUUCCAGUAACCUUGCCACUGUGGGGCCAGCGCCUGGGCGAGAAUUAAAGAAGGCUAGACCUCCGAUAUCAAAGAUCAUGCGACCGGUUGGGGCAUCGACCGCAGGUAGACAGGUCAGCGGUAAUCGAAAACCAGUGGAAGAAUCCAUGGAAUUAGACCAAAGGGAAGGAGAGGUAAGAUCCCGAGCGCCAGUAUCUACAAAAUCUUCCGGUACCAGGUCAUCCGAAUCAGACUCUGGAACUCGGGAGGAGGCUAUAAGAUGGCUUCUCGACUUGUUUAAAAAGUUCGGCACUGGCUAUUAUUUACUUGCCAGAUUUCAGUCUCGUCAAGCUUUGGAAGCGUUCUGCACAUUAUCUACUCAACAGCAAGACACGCCUUGGGUAUUGUCACAGAUGGGGCGUGCUCAUUACGAACAAGCAUCAUAUGCUGAAGCAGAAUUCUUAUACAGGCGGAUUCGACAAAUAGCACCAACACGCUUCCAGGAUAUGGAAAUAUAUUCUACUGUUCUUUGGCAUUUGAAAAAAGAGACUGAUCUAGCCUUUCUUGCCCAUGAGUUGGUUGAUUUUUCGUGGCAAUCGCCAGAGGCUUGGUGUGCGCUGGGAAAUUCCUGGUCACUUAUGCGAGAUCAUGAGCAAGCUUUACGAUGUUUCAAGCGGGCUACACAACUCAAUCCCAAGUUUGCUUAUGCAUUUACUCUGCAAGGUCAUGAGCAUGUUAUGAACGAGGAAUACGACAAGGCACUUACUUCAUACAGACAUGCAAUGGCUGUUGAUAGGAGACACUAUAACGCCUACUAUGGUGUUGGUAAAGUAUAUGAGAAGAUGGGUAAUUACGAUAAAGCCUUCAUACAUUUCGAAGCCGCUUCUAAAAUCAACCCAACGAAUGCCGUACUAUUGGGUCUUAUGGGAAGCGUUGUUGAUAAGAAGGGAAACAAGGCACUGGCACUCGCAUACUUCAAAAAGGCGAUUGAGUUGGAUCCUAAAUCAGCCUUGACUCGUUUCAAGAAAGCUCGAUGCUUAAUGACAAUGGGGAAUAUGGAAGAUGCUUUGGAGGAAUUGAAGAUCCUGAAAGAUUUGGCUCCUGAUGAGGCGAUGGUUCAUUUCUUAUUAGGUAGACUAUAUAAGAGUAUCAAACAAAAGGGUGCUUCAGUCCGACAUUUUACCAUCGCUCUGAACUUAGAUCCCAAGGUAUAUAUAUCCCAUCAUAUUAACCCCAAAACUUAUUACUGACGAGAAAUAGGCGAGUCAACAAAUAAAAGAAGCCAUCGAAAGUUUAGAGCAAGGGGACGACGAUGAAGAUGAUGAAACAAGCAUGAUGGGCUGAUUUGAAAUGAUCAUUAUUUUCAAAUUCGACCACAAAAUUUUCACUACGGGUCACUACGCCUUUCUUGUUUUCGCGUUGCGUUUCGAAUCGACUUUUCAGAGAUACCCAUUACUUAUCGACGUAUUAUUACUUAAAACCAUUCAUUAACCUUCUAAUCACAGAUGCUUUCAUCAUUUCAGCCUCACUACUCACGCCACAACGGAACAUCUCUAGAAAGAUAACAACCGAGAACAGCUUGUCAACGUUACAGUUUGCAAAACUUAAUGAUACGAUAAAACCGGAGGUGUUCCGAUCACAAUUGGGAAAAUGUCUCAGCAUUUUGCAUUUGGUCGGCGUCCAUAAUUCUCCCCGGCAUGGUUUCUCAUCACAGAUGAGCGGAUGGAUAGUCUAUAUCCCCCUCCAUGACGGGCUUCCUGUUGACUAACCAAAUUGUCAACUGCGUGAUAUCACUAUGAUGGGAUUGUUAAGAUGAUAAUAACAACGUUUAGUGGCUAGGAAUAGCGAGCGCACUGGGUUGCGAACAUACAUGGGCGGGUGGGAUGAGUAAAAUGGAUUAUCGUAGAUAAUAGUUAUCUCUUUCAUUCCCCUUCCUGAAAGCUUGAAAGGCGGGCCAAUGAAGAAGAAAACCUGGAGGAUAGGGGAACUGUAUCAUACUACUCUACCACAAAAGUCAAAAGUUUUUGCCCCCAA